AGGUGUCGGUGUCGGCAUGAUGGCAUGACGUGCAGAUGACUGAGUAUGGAUGAUGGAGGUGAUCGAUGUCGAUACGCAUGGGUGUGGUCGUGGUGUGCACGAUGUAGAGCUGUUUUGUUGUUUUAGUUAUAGUGUGAGUGAUGGGAUGGCCUGUUAACAUUUAUAUUUGGAGACGCUCGUCCUCGUUGCAAGCCCACUGCGGUGCACGACGUGCAACACAUUCACAUUGACAGCACUCGAUUGAGUAUAUUCCAAUACCGGGUGUCCCUUUGGUUCUUUCAUAUCCGAUUCCAAAUAAUAUAACACUCCCAACGAACGAGCGACAGAUUAUCAUUUGCCUCGUCAUGGCAGACUCGUCGGCGAGUACUAAGCCCCCGUCUGCACCCACCUUCUCCUUUACUGCCCCCCUCCCCUCCUCGUCCUCUCUUAAGCAGCGACGAGUCUCUCUUGCCCUUCCAUCCUCCCCGCGCCUCGUGCCCGCUUGGAACUUCCGCGACGAUACAGGCUUGGCCUCUUCACACAAGCCGUCCGAGCCCAUCACCACUACCACCACUACAGCCAUGCCGGAACGCAAGGGCAAAGUACGCAAGAUCAUCAAUAACCUCGACGAACCCCGCGAACCCGACUCGGGUCUGGUCAUCCAACAAAAGAAACCGCGCAAGAAGUGGACCGAAGAGGAAACUCAGAUGCUCGUCACCGGGUGCAACACCUGGGGCGUCGGGAACUGGAAAGCGAUCCUCAAAGACACCACUCUCAAAUUCGACAAUCGGUCCCCAGUCGACCUCAAGGACCGCUUUCGAACCUACUUCCCCGACGCGUACAAAGAACACUAUCCCAACGCGAAAACCCAUCUGUCCAGCAAAGUACGCUCGACCCUUCCAGACGGUCGGUCCAUCUUCGAAAAGACGCGCAGCAAGAAACGUCGCCCAUUCACAGAAGAAGAGGACCGUGCUCUCAAAGCUGGCUACGAGAAGCACGGAACUGACCCAGUCUUCCAGGAGCAGAACCGUCGCUCUACUGACCUUCGUGACCGCUUUCGGAACGCCUUCCCUGAACUGUAUCAGGCUGCUGGCUACAAGCCACGUAAUUCAUCCAAGAGACGCAAGGAAGGCGGUGUACUCAUUCCUAUGCGCGCAGCAACUGACGAUCAGCUCACCACGAGCAGAAGCCAUAUUGGCCCCACUCGUAAGAAGCGGGCUUCACGACAGGGGUUACUUCGUGGGGGCACCAAGAGUGUACCAGAAAGUGCCACCUGCUCGGAGGAAGAAGAGAGCUCUGGAUGUGAAGAAGAGCUCGGUACAACAAGGUUACUCAAGUGUCCUCCUAUCUCUACGGAACCCUCACCACCUGGCGGCGACACCCCAUCUUCCUCCGAGCCGUUCGCUGAGAUGGACAUGGAAACUAUCGACCCUUUAUCCGAACCCCUCUCCAUUCCAGAUUACAUGCCUAGCACUACACAGUCCCUAUCAGAGCUGACGGACUCCUCGCAGUCCCAGACGACGUGGUCGGGACUGGAAACCCCCGUCCAUUCCAGCAGCUGGUCCGCAAAUGCCGGUUCUCCAACUUCUUCUCAUAUAUCCUCCGACUAUCUUCUUAAUCAAUCUUCUUCGCCAUACAUUCGCCGUGUUCCCACUAUCGGAAAAUCCGCAUGGGGUGCACAGGAUUGGUUUUCUGCGAAUCCCCGCCUCGAGACAUCCGCGUUCUACAACAGCGGAUCUUCUUUUGCGGACGGCCUUUCCCCCACUCCGUCAUCGCCCUUUUCCUUUCACCAACUCAGCCACGGUGUCAUGGAUCGUUACGAUCUUUUUCCAACCACCACUGCCUACGCACAUGAUUUUGCUUCCGAAGCCGGAGUUGGAGAUACUCAUUCCACAUUCUCUGAUCCGGACAUGUUUCCCACCAAUAGCUUUCGCGGCUUCACUCAUCAUUCCAGUUAUGCCGGCGACCUCAUUUUCGGUGCGCGCACUCAUCAACCACCUCCGGCACAGCAGCAGCAGCAGACGUAUUAUGGUCCCGGGUGCGGGCUCGGGACGCCCGGCCUUGGGUUAUCCGGCGGCGUGCAGCAACAGCAACCCGCUGGCAUGCAUUCCAUCCAGAUGCAUACCUCCGCACUCCCUGGCAUUGACGAGAUCGAACUGGCGUCGAUUACUCUCAAUGAUCAGGUUGAGAUCCAGCGCGAUCCUGCAUCUGCCGUCCCAGAGAUCGAAGUGCAGAAGGAUGACAAGGAGGCGUCGUCUCUGACCGUCGCAACGUCUCCCCUAGAUAUAUUUGGCAUCGCCUCGCAGGGCAGCAGCAUGGAUGAUAUCAUCGAUCUCACACAUACAACCCCACCUGCUACACCACUCGAUGUCGCCCGUCCCUUGCGACCGCUGCAUUCGCACUCCCACCAUGGCCAUGGUAACGGCCGCUCCGUCUCUGUCCCGCCGUCUGAGGCACGCAUGAACGGCGCAUCGCGAUCGCAGCAGCAUGUCCACGAACACCCACAGCCACCCAUUUCUACCACUCGGUCUUUGCCGUUUUUCGACACGCUCACCGCUUCUCCUCCUCCCGUGCAUGCCGCCACCCCCCACCAUUUACACGGGAACUCUACUACUCCUGAUACCACCACUGCUGCUGCUGCCGGCAACGCUGCGUUGUCUUCUUCCACUGCGGAUACGUGGCGUCCCUCCAACCCGUUGGAUAUUCACGACCUUCCAUUCCUCGACCUGCAUUAUUACUACAACCACGUGCAUGAGGGGGCGAACCAUGAAUGCGGCUCAGGGUCAGGUGCCGACUCCUCGAGGCAAGGACAAGCACUCGACCUCGCGCGAUCAAAUACCUCGCUUCGCUCUGCACCCGCAAUCUCAUCAUCGUCAUCAUCAUACUCUGUGGUCUCACAUGAACUCCAGGCGGCCCAGGCGCUGGUCGUCAACACAAGCUUCAGCAGUGCGCGCAUGACACAUCACCGAGGGACGAGCUUCGUUUCGCCUCAAGACUUGCAGCUGCGCAAAGCCAACGAUAACAAACGCAAACGUGCGAGUUGGGACGGCGGAACUUUCUGA